AUGGUUUCUCGUUACGUUUCUGUUGCAGGCAACAUCAGAACCAAAGCUGUGCUCGAUGUCGAGUCGAAGAGAGGAUACUGGCUGACCAUAUUCGCGCAGGACCAUGGCGUGGUGCAACUCAGCUCUAGCCUACAGGUGUACGUGGAGGUGUUGGACGAGAACGACAACACCCCGCUGACCGAGGUUCCGGUCUACUAUCCGUCCGUGCCGGAAAACUCGCCGGCAGGUGUGAGCGUUCUCCAGAUACGGGCGUUCGAUCGCGACGUAUCGCCCCAACAAUUCACAUUUUCCAUCACCAGCGGCAAUCCGGAGGGUUAUUUUCUCAUCAACUCCACCACAGGUUUGAUCACGACCAGCGGCAGGAAACUGGAUCGAGAGAAUCAGGCCGAGCACGUUCUGGAGGUGACGGUAAGAGACGACGGAAGGCCAUCCCUGUCUUCGACGACCCGCGUGGUGAUCGCGGUGGCGGACAUAAACGAUCAUGGACCCGAAUUCGAGCAAAAAUUCUACACCGUACAGAUCCCGGCCUCGCCGUCGACCGACAAACCCCUGUUCCAGAAAUCGAGGAACCGCUCGCGGGAGUUCGACCUCUCGAUCGAUACGUUACUAGAGAAUGGAACUUGGGAGACAUUUAGCCCCGACAGCUUGUCAGGAGAUCAUAUCUUCAGGGUUCUCGCGAAUGAUAAAGACAUCGGCGAUAAUGGAAAAAUCCAGUACAGCAUCAAGGGCGGUCGGGGCAAGGGCAAGUUCAAAAUCCAUCCAGCCACGGGGAUGGUGUACUCGCAACGGGGCUUCGAGGCUGGACAGGAAUACGAGAUGAUGAUAAGGGCCGCAGACAGCGGCGAGCCGCAGCGCAGUCAUCAAACACGGGUAUCCGUGCAAGUUGUCGAGGUACCAAAGGAAUCGGAGAACCCGCCGGUCUUCAAGACGAACAAUCAAAGCGUCGAAGUCACGGAGAGCGACGAAGUGGGUUUCCUCGUCGCGUUGGUACAAGCCACGGACAAAGACGGCGACUCCUUGUGGUACGAUAUCCUCGACGGCGACAAGCGGGACGAAUUCUUCAUCGGCCGGGACAACGGUAACGUGCUGCUGGCGAAGAGGCUCGACUGGGAGACGCAGAACUUCUACAAUCUCACGAUCGGCGUGACGGAUAGCGUGCACACGGCUGUGACGCAGCUGCUGGUCACGGUGAUCGAUAUCAACGAUCACAGGCCGGAGUUCACGGAGGGCACCUAUCACGUGGACAUCUCGGAGAACGUCGAGAAGGGCGAGAGGAUUUUGCAGUUGCACGCGACCGACGAGGACGAGGACAAGAAGGUCUUCUACAGCCUUCAUGCUGCCCAGAAUCAGGCGUCUUUGGAGAUCUUUCGCGUGGACUCUGUGACCGGAACCGUGACCUUGAACGAGGUUCUGGAUCGAGAGACAAUCGAGGAACAUGUGCUGACCGUGAUGGUGAAGGACCAAGGUACACCGGCUAAACGGAACUACGCCCGAGUGAUAGUAACUGUUCACGAUCACAACGACCACGCCCCGGAGUUCACCAGCGAGAUCAUUCAAGGAAAGGUGUUCGAAACAUCACCGAUAGGCGCUGCUGUGGUCCAAGUCUACGCCAUCGACAGGGACAGAGGCGAAAACGCAAGGAUCACGUACUCCAUCACAUCUGGAAACGUGGGGAACAUGUUCUCCAUUGAUCCCGAACUUGGUCUCAUCCGAGUAGCUCGUGAACUUGAUCUGAGCAUCUCGUCGGAGUAUAUAUUGCUAGUGAAGGCCACGGAUCACGGUUCUCCAGCGUUGACCAACACCGUUCCAGUCCACGUAAUGGUCACCAUGGCCGACAAUGCCCCGCCUCGUUUCAUCCAAAAGGAACUGUCCGCGGAGAUUUAUGAGAACCAACAGUUAGGUACCUACGUGAAGCACGUAGAGGCAAGAAGUACCUCCUCGUUACAGUUCGAGCUCGUCGAUGGGAAUAAGGACGACACGUUCUUCGUGAACCCUAGCACAGGCAUCAUAGUGAUCAAGAAUGAACUGGACUACGAGAAAACGAAGUUUUACAACCUGACGGUGGCCGCUACCAACAUGGCUGGCGCCAGGGCUACCAGCAACGUGAUCGUCCAUGUUCUCGAUCGGAAUGACAAUGCUCCAAGCUUUCUGCAAGCCACGUACAGCGGCGAAAUCAGCGAAGGAGCUAGCAUAGGAUCCUUGGUACUGACUAAUGCCAGUAUACCGUUGGUGAUAAAGGCUGAAGAUGCUGACUCAGAGUUGAACGCACUCUUAAAUUACGAUAUUGUGGAGGAUCUGCCGCGGAAGUACUUUCACAUCGACUCUAGCACCGGCGCUAUUAGGACCGUGAUGAUACUGGAUCACGAAAGCAUACCCAAAUUCUCGUUUCACGUGAAAGUGUCCGAUUUGGGGAAGCCGAAACUCUCGUCCGAGACCACUGCCAAGGUGGUGAUAAUCGUCACCGAUGUGAACGACUGUCCACCCAAGUUCCUGGAGAACGAUUACAACACCACCCUACUGUUGCCUACCUACAAAAAUGUCGCGGUUGUCAAAGUCAGCGCUGUAGAUCCUGACAGCUCCGAAGGUGUCCCGCUCAGGUACGAUAUCAUCGACGGGAACAAGGGGCACACGUUCGACAUAGGCGCUCAGACUGGCAUCAUCACGGUUUAUAAUCCGGAACGUAUGAAGAAAACUUACCUGCUACGUGUUCGUGUCUCCGACGGGAAGUACUCGAGCGUCGCCCAGGUAAAUGUGUUGGUCGAGAAGUCGGAGAACUCGGGUCUGGUGUUCCAGCAGGACGUGUACGAGGGAACGAUCCCGGAGAACUCGACGCGUAUCACGACCGUCGCGGUCGUGAACGUUCUCGGGAGCGCUCUGAACGAGCACAUUGUCUUCGGUAUACUGAACCCGACGGACAUGUUUGUAAUUGGAUCGACGUCCGGCGCGAUCCGCACCACGGGGAUUCGAUUCGACCGUGAAGUUUGCGACCAUUACGAGCUGAUCGUGGAGGCGAAGAGCCAGAUGCCGGACAGGGAGAAGCCGAGGGUCGCGCACGUGAUCGUUAACGUCACCAUACUGGACAUCAACGACAAUUGCCCGAUGUUCGUCAAUCUACCAUAUUACUCGGUGGUCUCGGUCGACGCUCAGAAGGGCGCAGUUAUCACGAAAGUGCACGCAGUGGACAUGGACAGCGGUGACAACGGCGAAGUUCGGUACGAAUUGAAGAAAGGUCACGGAGAAUUGUUCAAAGUGUGCCGGAAGACCGGGGAGAUCACUCUGAAGCAGAAUCUGGAGGGUCACAAUCGCGAAUAUCAGCUCACGAUCGCUGCGUACGACGGCGGUACAACACCUUGCUCGAUCGAGGUGCCGGUGAACGUGAAGGUGAUAGAUCGCUCGAUGCCAGUGUUCGACAAGCAAUUUUACACGGACAGCGUGCUGGAGAGUAUCGAGGUGCACUCCCCACUGGCUUUGUCCAUUCAGGCUGAGUCACCUCUGAACCGGAAGCUCAUAUACAGCAUAACGAAGGGCAACGAUUUCGAAGAGUUUGCCCUGGACUUCAAUACAGCCCCCGACAGUAACAAUGGUCCUUGUGUAAUCUAUGUGGUGGAUGAGCUGGAUUACGAACAGAAGAAACAAUACGAGCUGACGGUCCGCGCGACUGACAGCGUGUCCGGCGUCUACGCCGAGGUGCUGGUCAGCAUUCUCGUGCUAGACGUGAACGAUUGCCCGCCGGAAUUCACUCAGGACUCGUACAACAUAUCCGUGUCGGAGGCGGCCUCGUUCGGCACUUCUGUGCUGAAAGUCAGCUCGAGGGACAACGACACCGGAAUAAACCAGCAGGUCCGUUACGCGAUCCAAAACGACACGGAGAACAGCACAGAUCUUUUUCACAUCGAUCCAGAGGAGGGUGUGAUAUUCCUGAAAAGAUCGUUGGACCACGAGUCGCACGAGUCCCACCACUUCACGGUGAUCGCGAUCGAUCGCGGCAUGCCGAGUCUCUCGAGCACCGCGCACGUGUGGGUGACCGUCAUCGACAUGAACGACAACCCACCCAAGUUCGAGCAGCCCUCGUACACGUGUUCCCUAUCCGAGCACGCGGAAAGAGGUCAAUUCGUGACGGUGGUGUCCGCGAGCGAUCCCGAUUACGUCGACGAGAAGCUUACGUACACGAUCGUGGGUGGCAAUGAGCAACAAACGUACAACAUCGACCAGUCGACAGGGAUCAUUUCGUUGAUCAACAUGCAGAACUUCGGCGAGAAGAAGCUCAGCAUGCUGAACGUGUCGGUGACCGACAACGUAUACACGAGUUUCACCCGCGUGAAGAUCGAGAUAUUGCCCGCGAACAGGCACAAUCCAAAGUUCCCGAACCCUGUGGUCGAGGUCACGGUUUUCGAAAAUCAAAUGCCUGGCCGUCUGGUGACCAGUGUGAUCGCUACAGAUGAGGAUUUUGGUGACUACGGCACGGUGAUAUACACGAUCGCCUCGAAUAUGAUGAAAGAGAUCUUCGAUAUAAAUCGAUUGACCGGCGAGAUCGUUACGAGAAAGAAAUUGGACCGGGAGGAACAGAAGCUGUACGAGAUACCGGUGAUGGCUACCGAUGGAGGUGGUAGAUCGGGAUUCGUGAUGGUCAGGGUCAAGGUUGGCGAUGAAAAUGAUAACUCGCCCAUGUUUCUUCUGAGAGAGUACAAAGCUAGUAUACACGGGAAUUUGACGUUGAAUACUCCGUUUAUGAAGGUGAAGGCUCAGGACGCCGAUGAGGAUGACGCCGCGAGGAUCGUUUACUCGAUAUACGAGCCACAGACGUCGGAGGCGAAGACUCUGUUCGGUAUAAAUCCGAAUACCGGGUCGCUGUUCCUGCAAAAGAGUGGUAUACCGUGGGAAAAUCAAUUGUUCGAAAUGUUCAUCCGAGCAGAAGACAAAGGAACAACGACACAUCACGCGGACGUUCCUCUCAGCGUCUACAUCAUGGGCACGCAAGACAUUCCCCCUCUGUUCGAGAGAAAAGAGGAUAAAUUCUUCAUAUCAGAGGCGUCCGCCGUCGGCACGCCGAUAACGAGGCUAAGAACCGUGACCAACAGCACUGUGUCUUACAGAAUCGUUUCCGGGGACGAGAAUUCGCCUCAAUUCACGAUCGACUCCCACGGUCAAAUCACACUUGCGAGACCGCUGGACCGGGAAUUGAAAGAUAGCCAUCUGAUCGGGGUCCUCGCUGAAACUGAUUCCAGUCCCCCGUUAACAGCCCUCGCGGAGAUAUCCCUCCAAGUGUUAGAUGAAAAUGAUCACGCGCCGCAGUUCGAGAGCAACCCCUAUAGCAUCAGUUUGGCGGAGAACAUAGAGGAGGGAACGUCGAUUCUAAAAAUAAUCGCGCACGACGACGAUCUGGGAAGCAACGGGGAGGUUCGUUAUUCGUUUGGCUCGGAUAUAGGCGAACUGGCGAAUGUCUUCGCGGUGGACGCUUACACUGGUUGGAUAUCAACAUUGGUGCAGCUUGACAAAGAAAAACAACCGGAGUAUAAGUUCCAAGUGGUCGCCACAGACAACGGAAGCCCAAAACAUUUCGCCAGAACGUCCGUUCACGUGAAGCUCAAGGACUACAACGACAACGCUCCAGCGUUCGUCGACGAUCGCUACAAAGCCACCGUGGACGAGGACGCUCUACCAGGAACGGUGGUGGUCAAGCUGGUCACGGUCGACAAGGAUUCGGACGUCAACACACCGAUCGAAUUCUACAUAACUUCCGGGGACUCGAGAUCGCAGUUUCAGAUACGAUCGACCGGCGAGGUAUACGUGGCAAAGUCCCUGGACCGGGAAACUAUCGAUCGUUACGAGCUCGAAAUCGUGGGAACCGACGGGAAAUAUGUCUUCAAGACCCGAGUAACCGUUCAAGUUCUCGAUGUAAACGACAAUCCACCGUAUUGCCUCAGAUAUCGUUAUAGAGAGAUCCUAUCGGAGGGAUCGCACCCGGGUACCUACAUCCUGACCGUAUUGGCCACCGAUUACGACGACGAGCCCAACGCUAAACUACGUUUCUAUUUAACCGGCGACAAUAAUGACAAAUUCUCCCUGGACAAGGAGACUGGCGUCCUGAAGACCGUCGGUCAGCUGGAUCGUGAAAGCCAAGCGAAAUACUCUCUCACCGCUCAUGUACAGGACCGUGAUAAGCCAUCUUGGGAGUGCUCGUCCCAGUUAGAGAUCUUGAUAUCCGAUCUGAACGAUAACGCCCCGAAAUUCACCAUGCAAACGUACAGCGCCACGCUGAAGGAAGACGUCGAGGUAGGCACCUUGGUGACCAAGGUACACGCCACCGACGACGACAUUGGCAUUAAUCGGAAGAUCAGAUACGAGUUCAUCGAUUCCGCUGACGGUCAUUUCCAUGUAGCCGCGGACAGCGGUAUAGUCACUCUGGGAAAACCAUUGGAUAGAGAGACCAAGGCGAUGUACAACGUCACCAUACAAGCGUUGGACCAGGGGACACCACAGCUGACGAGCGUGACCUCGCUGAUCCUCAAUGUGCAGGACAUCAAUGACAAUCCACCGGAGUUUGCGUCCAAGGUUUAUUUCUCGAAGGUGCCAGAGAUCUACGCGGUUGGCACAGAGGUGGCCAGGGUUCUCGCGACAUCGAAAGAUACUGGAGUGAACGCGGAUGUUUAUUAUUCGAUCGUAGGCGGAAACGAGCACAAGAAGUUUCAGAUUGACGCGCGAACCGGCGUGCUCACGAUCGCGGAACAGUUGGAUUAUGAACGCGCGAGGGAUUACUUUUUGACUAUUCAGGCUAUUGACGGUGGUAUUCCGCCUUUGAGUAAUCAUGCGACUGUGAAUAUUACGGUGAUCGAUAGCAACGACAACGCACCUGUCUUCAGCGAAGUGUCCUACAGGGCUUCUGUAAAGGAGGACGCCAAGAUUGGAGAGAAAGUUACGCAGGUAUUUGCGAAUGACUUGGACAGCGAAGAGAACGGGAACGUCUCGUACUACAUAGAACGAGGUGACAGACAGAAGCAAUUCUCGAUCGAUCAGAACACGGGACAAAUUUUCGUUGCUGCGCCACUGGAUCGCGAAGAAACCUCUAAUUACGUAUUGGAAGUGCACGCCCGUGACAGUGGUAUACCAAUGCUCUCCAGCUUCGUAAUGGUAAAUAUCGAGAUUGUAGAUGCAAACGACAAUCCACCGUUGUUCUCACUCACGAAUUACACCGCGGUGGUGCAAGAGGACAAGGCGUUAGGCCACACUGUCCUGCAAUUCGUAGUCACCGAUGCUGAUGUCGAGCCAAAUGCUGAUCCGUACACGUUCGAUUUCCGUUCCGGCAACGAGGGCGAUGCUUUCCGUUUAGAACAGGACGGUACGCUGCGAACAGCAACAAAGUUCAACAGCAGAGUGAAAGACAAAUACGUGUUGCACAUACGUGUCUUUGACAACGGAAGUCCACCCCUUUAUUCGGACGCGUGGGUCGUGAUCAAAGUGAUCGAGGAAUCUCAAUAUCCACCGGUAAUUACACCACUGGAAAUAGUCGUUAAUUCGUACAUGGACGAGUACCCGGGCGGUACCAUUGGAAAAAUCCAUGCAUCCGAUCAGGAUCAAUACGACACUCUUCAGUACAGUUUGGUACCGUCAUCGCCAAUACCGAAUAAUCUCUUCCAAGUUGACAAGGUCGAUGGAACCCUGGUGGCCCUUCCUCGACUCGACGUCGGAGAAUAUAGAGUGAACGUCAGUGUAACCGACGGCAAGUUCUAUUCGUACUCUCUCGUCAAGGUGAACGUAGAUCUUGUGACCGAGAAAAUGUUAGAGAACUCCGUAAUCGUUCGAUUUAGGGAAGUCAGUCCCGAAGACUUUAUUCUGAGCCAUCGUAAAGGAUUCCUCAGGACCGUUCGCCACGCAACAGCUUGCAGGCCAAAGGACAUCAUUAUCAUCAGCGUUCAGCCAUCCACUGACGAAGCGAAUCUAAUUAAAUCGAGAGCUAUUCGUCAAGCUGUGCAUAAUGACCUGGAUCUUCUAUUCGCAGUAAAGAAACCUGGGACUGGCUUGGGUUCAACGGGAUUCUUUCCUUCGGAGAGCAUUCGAGAAGCUCUGAACCAGCGUAUCGAGGAGCUCGAAGAGUCCACAAAGCUAGUAGUCGAAGAGAUCGUUAGAUUCAAGUGCAAUAAAGGUUAUUGCGUCUACGGAGACUGCCACGACAAGAUUAUUCUUGAUGUGGCACAUAUAACACCUGUCGCCACGGAUGUAAUGAGCUUCGUGUCCCCUAGACAUAAACAUAAGCUCGAGUGCAGUUGUAAGGAAGGCUAUGCUGGUAAUCAUUGCGAGAUGGUGGUUAACGAGUGCGCCAGAGAUCCUUGUCCGCUGUUUAAGGUCUGCGUGCCGGACUCCUCUGUUCAGGGCUACUCCUGUCAGUGUCCCGAAGGCUUCGCCGGUCAGACCUGCGACAUAGACAUCUCUAAAUGCCACGACGAAUCGUGUUACAUUCCAAGGAACCCAAUAUCCUUCAGUGGGAAGAGUUACGCCCGCUACAAGAUCGACAAAACCCUCAUCAGACAGACCAUUGAAGAUCGCCUGAGUUUGUCCCUGAGGAUCAGAACGGUACAACUAACAGGAAACCUAAUGUACGCAGCUGGUAAAGUGGACUACAAUAUCCUCGAGGUUGUCAACGGAGUAGUACAAUAUAAAUUCGACCUGGGAAGCGGAGAGGGUCUAGUUCGGGCGAGCAGCAUGUACGUGAGCGACGGACAGUGGCACGAGAUCCAACUGGAGAGAGAAAGUAACAGCACCAGGUUGACCGUGGAUGGAAAACACUUGGCUCAUGGAUCAGCGCCUGGUAACAACGGCAUCUUAAAUCUCCAGUCGGAUGAUCUCUAUUUGGGUGCGGAAGUGAGGCAACAUCCAUCGGUCUUAGGAUUCGAAGAUGUUCAGCGUGGUUUCAUUGGGUGUAUGGAUGACGUAAGGAUCGCCAGAGUGUCUGUGCCCCUGCACAUGAGCGGUGCGAACAGUGUGGCUGUCCUGAAACGCUUUGCCAACGUUGAGUUCAGUUGCGAUGCUACUACCGUUCUGGUACCACCUGGGAUUUGUGGCUCUCAACCCUGUCAGAAUGGUGGCACCUGCAAAGAUUCCGGUGGCGACACCUACGAGUGCCAGUGUCAUAGCAGAUUCGCGGGUAUAGCCUGCGAAGUAGACACCGAUCCCUGUGCAUCUUCGCCGUGUCUUUACGGGGGACGUUGCAAAGUCGUGCCCGAGGGUGGCGACUACACUUGCGAAUGCGUAGGGCCGAGUCUAAGCGGCAAACGAUGCGAGGUUGGACGAUAUUGCAGCCCUAAUCCCUGCGUUCACGGCGAAGACUGCGAGGAAGGUAACAGCGGGCCGAUAUGCAAAUGCCAAGGUUUCAUGGGCGAGCGUUGCGAGACUGACGUGAACGAAUGCGACGCGAGCCCGUGCACGAACGGCGGCACCUGUGUCAACGAGAUCGGGACAUACAGAUGCAUCUGUCCGCCGAACAUGAUCGGCCUGACCUGCGGAAAUCCAGCUUACUCGACACCGAUCAUAUCGAAUCACUUCAACAUCACCUGGGAGCAACUGAUGUGGAUAGGCAUCGCAGUGGUUCUGAACGUGUUCCUGAUCAUCGUAUUCGUCGCGUUCAGGAAAAUCCGAAUGAAGCGCACCAGGGCCAGGGCGAACAACAUCAACAACGAGACCAGAAAGCAGAUCGUACUGAACUCGGCUAGGCCACACGAGCACGAAUUCAAACGAAGUUCGAAAUUGAGCAACCUGGAAGUUAUACAGAGAGAACCCCCCCAAUGUCCCCCCAGACCCGCGUCCUACACUCCCAGCUCGAACAACGAGCCGGCCGCGUACGGUAACUCGGCGGCCGUCGCUCUAAAUAAUCUGGACACACUGCGCAGCUACGGUAGCGCCGGCGACGAGUUAGAAAAUUUCCCGCCAGAUUAUUUACGAAACCUGAACCGUUCCACACCUGUCCCACCUGCGUCCUUAACUCUCGCGAACCCGGUCGGCGGAAACGCUACAGGCAGCGACACGGAUAGCCUUCAUAAGCCGACCUGGCAAGAACAGAUGCAACUAGCCUCGUUCAUCACGGACACGACCAAGAUCAAGAACGACCUGAAACGAGCGAGCCCAGUGGUACCGGAGCUGACCACUGGAGGACUUCUACUAAAUUCUUCUCGACGCGUGCCUCAUGGAGGUGGGACCUCCGUGACCUCCAUGACGUCCAUCGAGGAUGAUCCUCGUAUUGUCGGUGGGUAUCACUGGGACUGUUCAGACUGGGUCAGGCCAAGUCAAAACCCCCUACCUAACAUCACGGAGGUACCCGGAAGCGAAGUUCCAGACUCGUCCAGCUUCCACAGCAAUGAGAGUAACGAAUCAAACACUCAUCAGCUACCGUCGGUGCACGGCUCUGUAGAUCCCACGAGGGACAUCGAAACCCUGAACGAAGACCAAGAGUCCGAGUAUGUCGGUGACUCGGAAUGCGGGACCGAGUUCUCGGAGCAAUAUCACUGCACGGAAACGCAACGUUUGAACCCGUUGGACAGCGGCGGCGAGGGUGAAUACAAAUACAAAGGUUCCGAGAGUUAUCUCCGUCAUCCGAACACGUAUCUGCCGCAUUACAACAUCCACACGGACACGGAGAACGAGACGAAUCCAUUGAACGGUCGUCUCAGCACGCUCGAAUCGGACGAGGAGGAAGACGACGUAGUGCCUUAUGGUUUCCCGAGCACCCGACGGAACCGAUGUCACAAGGGCGACGACGCCGAUGAGAUCGGCUCGGUGAUCACCACCCUCGAGGAACGUAACUCGUUGCUAGGUGGCGCGACAAGCAACAGCGAUUUGUCCACGAAUCUAUGCGAGAUCGACGAUUCCGAGUACGAGAUCGCCGAGCAGAAGAGCAACGGCCGUCUGUGGUUGUCGGGGAACGGUAUCACGCAGACCUCGGUGUGACAUACAGUGGUGGUGGUGAUGGCGCCGUUUCAGAG